UUGCCCCUAAUAAAUUAGUUUCAACAACAAUUUCUAUUCCUCUAAAAAGAAAUCCAUUUUUUGAAUAUGGGUUCUAUAAGGGACUUGGAGAAUAAUGGAGAAUUUAGGGAGGAAGAAUUAGAAAGAAAAAAUGAUCAAGAAUUGAUCAUGAAGAAAAAUGCACAAAAUUUGUCAAAAGCUGAUCGUUUUAGGAUGCUAAGGGAACUAUUGGUUCAUCUUCAAGAAGUUAUAUUAGGAACAAAGCUUUGCUUGCUAUUUCCAGCUAUCCCUUUGGCAGUGCUGGCUCAAUACUAUCAGUUUGCAAGACCUUGGAUUUUUGCUUUUAGUUUGCUUGGACUUGCACCGCUUGCUGAACGUGUCAGCUUCUUGACUGAACAAAUUGCUCACUUCACUGGCCCAACAGUUGGGGGUCUACUUAAUGCAACAUGUGGCAAUGCAACUGAGAUGAUAAUAGGAUUAUUUGCACUUUAUCAAAGGAAAAUACAUGUUCUAAAGUACUCUCUUUUGGGAUCCAUUCUUUCAAACCUUCUUCUUGUUCUGGGAAGCUCUCUAUUUUGUGGAGGACUUGCCAAUGUUAAGAAGGAACAGAGAUUUGACAGAAAACAAGCUGAUGUAAACUCCAUCCUCCUUCUACUGGGAUUGCUUUGCCACAUGUUGCCGCUGAUGUAUAGAUUGUCUUUGGGGCCAGCAAUUGACACUAUUAAUGUAACAACAUCAAUAUUGGGGUUGUCUAGAGUUAGCAGCAUUUGUAUGCUUAUAGCAUAUGCUGCUUAUCUCUUCUUUCAACUGAGGACACACAGACAAUUGUUUGAAUCUUCCGAGGAGGAGGAAUUAGAAGGUAAAGUUUCAGAAGAUGAUGAGCCGGUGAUUGGAUUUUGGAGUUCAUUUGCUUGGUUGAUUGGCAUGACUAUAACUAUUGCUCUAUUAUCUGAGUAUGUUGUUGGUACAAUUGAGGCUGCAUCAGAUUCUUGGGGGAUUUCUGUGAGUUUCAUAAGCUUAAUAUUGUUGCCAAUAGUGGGAAAUGCAGCAGAACAUGCUGGAUCCAUCAUCUUUGCUUUGAAGAACAAAUUGGAUAUUUCCUUAGGUGUUGCUUUGGGGUCAGCUUCUCAGAUUUCAAUGUUUGUGGUACCUUUAUGUGUGAUUGUGGGUUGGAUAAUUGGCGUGGAUAUGGAUUUGGAUUUUAGCUUACUUGAAACUGGUUCUCUUGCUUUCUCAAUCAUCCUUAUUGCCUUCACCUUGCAGGAUGGAACGUCACACUAUAUGAAAGGAGUGGUUCUCUGUCUUGCGUAUUGUGCCAUCGCUGCUUGUUUCUUUUUCCAUAGGGUUCCAAUCAAUAUUGAUAACAGUUCAUCCAGGAGCUUGACCGCUUAACCAAAUCAUUCAGCGACGUGAUGUAUCCAUCAGAUGAAAUUAAAUCGAUAUGUACCUGAUGGAGUCUACAUUGUAUACGUCAACCAAUGUAAUGCUUCAUUGCAUCAAUUUUCAACUGUUAAUUCAAAUUGGAGUUUUUCUUACCCUUUUGUGGAGAUUCUAAAGUCUGGAUUAUUCCAUUUCAUGUUGAUUGGAGACGUUAAUCAACAUGAAAUGUGAAAAUAAUAGAGGUGUUUGUAAAUAUUUUCUUGUUUUAUUACUGCUUUUUUGCAUAAAAGUGGUAGUUUUGUUGAGGAGAAUAAAAAGUUGUGUCACUCCUCAGUUAUGCAUUUCAGUUGAGUAUUUUCGUGGCCAAUUAAUAAAAUUUUGUAAGGUUCCAUA